AUGAAUAUUUUAUCAUUGUUUAUAAUAAUUGUAUUUUUUAUUAUAUUAAUAUUUUCUAAGUCAUUAGAAUUAAAUGACAAAACUUUAGUUAACCCAUCGCUUUUUGAAAACGCUGAAGUACCAGUUAUUUUAAAUGAUGAAAAAGAUGAAAAUACAAUACAAAAAAGGCAAGCAGGACGUAGACGUCGAAGAAGACAAAGAAGACAAACAAACCGGCUUUUAACUGCUGUUGCUAACGUUAAUGCCCAACUUGUUCAGUUACAGCAGCAAUUGGUAUCUCUCCAAAGUCAAAUUUCACAAAUGGCAACACCAGCACCAGCACCAUCACCAGGACAAGGACCAUCACCAGGAACAGGACCAGGUACAGGACAAGGACCAUCACCAGGUACAGGACCAGGUACAGGACCAGGUACAGGACCAGAUACAGGAUCAGGACCAGGAUCAGGACCAGCAGCAAGACCAGGAACAGGACAAACACGAUAG